CUGUCACUCCUCCCCAACCCUGCUUGCCUGCUCGCUCGUCUUCCUCCCCUUCAAGAGACGGCGAGGGAGCCCUCCCCGUGCCACUCUGACCCGCAAAAAGGAAGUCCAACGACCACCACCACCAGCACAGCACAGCAGCAGCAGGAGCACACGAGCACCAGUGUCCCUACAGCAGCACCCAUCACCCCCGCCAAGUCUGGCACUGACAACAUCUGGCACAUCAACGCUUCAACGCAUCGGCGCAUCGACGCAUCGACUUGACGCUACUACGGCAAGGCAGACGAGGGGCCGCAUCGCAUUCGCGUCCCGUCCCGCGCAGUCCCACACACGUUAGAAGGACCUCCCUCGUCUCCAUCCCUCGUCCAACGACCUAGCGGGCUAGGACAAUGAGAAUACGCUCCGCCCCAUCCCAAUGAGGUGACCCCCAAGUCGACUGAAAAGGCUCCGCCACAUACCUGCUUCCGCUAUCGUUCCUUGCCACUCCCUCGUCACGCCACUUGCUCUCCUACGACCCCUCUCCUCCAUUUCCCACCUCCUCCUCUGCCGUCUGCCCCCCUGCUACCCUCCACCGCCCAUCGCGCCGCAAUGUCCGGCAAUGCGAUUCUCCAGCUGCAGCCCUUCCCGACCAGCACCGUUGAUAUCGCCCUAAUGACAUCUUCCGCCGCCGCCGCUGCCGGCGCUCAGCCCGCAAUGCCCUCCUAUGCCGCGGCUGACGCGUACGACAGCAGCAGCAGAUUCGACGCCGCGAGUUGCGGCGGCAGCAGCGUCGCAAGCAGCAACGGAUGUCACAGCACCACUACGACCGCCACCACCGCGACCGGAACCACCUCCAGCAGCGCCAGACGCGCUGCCGCAUUCGUCGCCGCGAGAUGGGGCGCGAAAGUCGCGGCGGGGCUGCUGCACCCCCCGCGCGCGUGCAUCCGCACGCUGCACCGCCACCUCUCCCCCAGCGUCCUUUCCCCCACUGCGGCGGCUGCGACGGCGGCGGCGGUGUCCGCGGCGGAAUCAGCGGCGGUGGAGCCACUAGACCCGGUGAUGGUUCUCCUGGAGGAUGGAUCGCUCCGCAUGUACUCGUCUUCGCACCACGCCUCCUCGUCGCCGCCUUCCCCGUCCACUAACGCGCCGCUCACUGUCGCGGACGUGCUCGCGGACUUCCCCAACCACGACCUCGUCGCGCUUGCCGCCCCCUCCGCGUCGCUCCCCCCCGCCACCCGUCUCGACCCCGGCAGCACCUACUGCUUGUCCGCACUUCCCGGCGCAAAGGCUGCUUAUGGGGUCGGCGGGGGAGGGGGAGGGGGAGGGGGCGGAGGCGGGCGGAAACCCCACGGGGAAGGGGGGGCGAUUGCGGUGGCGGAGGCGCUGGCGGCGCCGCCGAGUUCCAAGGCCAGGUGCCGCUGCCCCAUCUGCCGCGCGGAGGAGGAGCGGGAGCGGGCGGCGCAGCAGCAGCUGCGGGGACUGUGGUCCGCGGGAGGAGAUUUUUUUGCGCGGCCCGCUGGCGGCGACCCGAUGCUGUUCCCCGGGAGCGCGUCGCCUUCGCGAUCGCUAGCGAAGCAGCGGCUGCGGCAGAGGGGGAGCGCGGCGGUGCGAUCGCCGCGGGCGGGAACAGAGACGGAGGGGGGAGCAGCGGUAACGUCGGCUGCAGCAGCAGCGCCGUCUUAUGGCGGUGCUGGCGCUAGUGUUGCGGGCGGCAGAAACGGAGAGGGCAGCGCGAAUGGCGGAGAGGCGGAACAAACGGUCAACGGCGGUAAGGGCACGGCGGAAGAUGGCGCAACUGGCUUGCAGAGCGGGCACGGGUAUGGGUUUGGGCAUGGGAAGCAAGUAGGAAAUGAUGAGGCGGCGCGCUUGCAUGCUGCUGCAGCAAUCGCGUUGGCUGGAGUGCCAUGUCCACCGCCAACAGGCACGCCAACUGAGGCGAGCCCUGUUGGCCGGGUUGCCCGCCGCGAGCUUCGGCGCCACCGAACCUCCUCGCCGGACCGGCCGUCCAGGUUCCCGUCGAGGUUCGGGCGGGCGGAGGAACUGCGGCUGGGAAUGGGCGGUGAGUCAGCAGCGAGCCCACUGUUGACUAAUGCGCUUCCGCCACCUGGAAGCGCUCCUGUGACGCCACGCGGAGGGCUGCUGCCUGUGGAAAAGGAGAGGUGGGGGGAGGCGAGGGAGGAACGCGGAUUGGGGGAGACAGAGGAAGAGGAAUUUAUCUCUGAUGAUGACGAUGACGAUGACAAUGAGGCGAUAACGACGAGGGGAGCAGAGGAGGAAGAGGAGGAAGGCGAGGGAGAGGGGAGAGAGGAGGGAGAGGAGGGACCAAAGAAGGUGGUAGGUAUGGCUGUUGGAGGGGAGAGGGAGAGGGAGAUGGAAGCGUUAGGAGAGAGGGAGAGGGAGAUGCACAGGCAGAGGGCGUUAGAUGAGCUGCAGGUGGCCAUGGACAGGGUGAACGCGUGGAUGGAGGCAUGCCAGGAGCAGCUGAGGCAGCUGCAGCAGCAGGGUUAACAGGAUUAGCUUAGCAACAGCCGGCAAGAGCAGGAGCAGGAGCCAACGUAUCCAGCUAAUGGCCCAAGGUGGUAAGUGUUUCUGGUUCUGAAAAAAUCAAGGCUCUGCGAGUGUGGCGGAGCAAAUGCGUUGUAGUUUCCAUAACAGGGAGAUUCAUUAUUUAUUAGACCUAGUUGUACAAAGGAAAUUGUUGGUCAUUGUAUUUUAGUUGGAUUAUUCAUGUGCCCUUGA